UUGUUCCUGUUGGAUAUGUAUGUGUUAGGUUGUGAUGAAAAAUUCUUUUACUAUGGGGUGUCAUGAAAAACAUUUGAAAGUCAUUUUUCUAGAAUGAUUGGGUUAUACUUUUGCUAUGAAAGAAUUUUUAAAAAUAAUUUUUCUUCGUUUUAGGUGUGAGUUUUUGAUACGGAUGAAAGGGCAGGAGUUUGUUGACGAGAUUCAAGGUAGAUAUCCUCAUCUUCUUGAACAGCUAUUGUCAACUUCAGACAUUCCCAGAGAUGAAAAUACUGAUCCACCAACUGUUCAUUUUGGAUCUGGAGACAGUUCUUCAGAAGACGGAGUGAUGAUGAACACACCUGUGGUCAAAUCUGCCUUGGAAAUGGGCUUUAGUAGAAGCCUGGUGAAACAGACAGUUCAGAGUAAGAUUCUAACAACGGGAGAGAACUACAGAACAGUUAAUGAUCUCGUGUCAGCACUUCUUAAUGCUGAAGAUGAGAAAAGGGAAGAGGAGAAGGAAAGACAAGCUGAAGAAGUGGCAUCAGAUGACUUGUCAUUAAUUCGGAAGAAUAGAAUGGCUCUCUUUCAACAGUUGACAUGUGUGCUUCCUAUCCUGGAUAAUCUUUUAAAAGCCAAUGUGAUUAAUAAACAGGAACAUGAUAUUAUUAAACAAAAAACACAGAUCCCUUUACAAGCAAGAGAAUUGAUUGACACCAUUUUAGUUAAAGGAAAUGCUGCAGCCAACAUCUUCAAAAACUGUCUAAAAGAAAUUGACUCUACAUUGUACGAGAAUUUAUUUGUGGAUAAGAAUAUGAAGUAUAUUCCAACAGAAGAUGUUUCAGGUCUAUCACUGGAAGAACAAUUGAGGAGGUUGCAAGAAGAAAGAACUUGUAAAGUGUGUAUGGACAAAGAAGUUUGUAUCGUGUUUAUUCCUUGUGGUCAUCUGGUAGUGUGCCAGGAAUGUGCCCCUUCUCUAAGAAAAUGCCCUAUUUGCAGGGGUAUAAUCAAGGGUACUGUUCGUACAUUUCUCUCAUAAGGAAAAAUGGUCUGUAAAAUAUUGUUGAACAUUUAAAGCCAUCUGAAGUAAAAAAGGAAUUAAUGAUUUUUUUUCACUUAGUACCAUUCAUAAUCUAGUCUGCUUUGGUAGUGAUAAUCUUAUUUCUAAAAUGAUGGUGUUAUAUAUUGUGUUUAACCUUUAACCUUAACAUGUUUAUUUACAAGAGAAGAUGUGUUUGGUGAGCUCUAUUAGUAUGUGUGUGUGAACACAGGAAUUAAAGGGGUCAUGUCAGUGCUUGUUAUGUAUCAUUUCAGGAGUUACUGGAUUCGGUAUUCUUUCAGGAAGCUUUGAGUACUAAAUUAUAGUUGCAGACUGGAAGAACUAGAAGCCAGGAACUCUGUGGAGUUUGUGAGAGUUGUGGUGCCAGAUUCCCUUUGGUGCAUUUCACUUGUGUUUUCAAAUAAGGAUUCUUCUGUUACUGGUAAACACAUUUUCCCCUCGUUUGUGAGAGACAUCUUAAUAAAGUGCUUUAAAAAGAU